AUGAGCACCGCAGCCCUCGGCCAGGGGGUCGGCUAUGGCAUCCUCGUCGGUUUGGGAAUCGCCUUUGCGCUGGGUAUGAUCUGUAUCACAUUCAUACUCAAGCGCUACAACUCUGAAUUGCAAACGUCCGAGAUGUUCAACACUGCCGGCCGGACAGUCAAGUCGGGCCUGGUUGGCUCGGCCGUCGUCUCAUCAUGGACCUGGGCGGCUACGCUACUACAGUCUACUGGUGUCUGCUACCGCUAUGGUGUCUCUGGCCCCUUCUGGUACGCCUCCGGAGCCACCGUGCAGAUCCUGCUCUUUGCGACCCUGGCUAUCGAACUCAAGAGACGGGCCCCGAAUGCGCAUACCUUCCUGGAAGUCAUUCGCGCCCGAUAUGGCACCGUCGCGCAUAUCGUGUUCUCCGUCUUUGGCCUCGCGACCAACAUCCUUGUAUCGCUCAUGUUGAUCGUCGGCGGAAGCUCGACUGUCCAUGCUUUGACCGGAGUGCACACCAUUGCGGCGAUCUACCUUCUCCCGACCUUUGUCGUGGCCUACACUGUUGUUGGUGGUCUCAAGGCUACCUUCCUGACAGACUGGAUCCACACGCUGAUUCUCCUCAUCAUUAUCAUCAUCUUCGCCCUGACGGCUUACGCCAGCUCUGACGUCCUUGGUUCCCCAUCCGCUGUGUACGACCUACUUGUAGAGGCCGCUGGGAUGCAUCCCGUUGAGGGUAACAAGGAUGGCAGCUACCUCACGAUGCGCUCAAAGGAGGGUGCUAUCUUCUUCGUCAUUAACAUCGUCGGUAACUUCGGCACCGUAUUCCUCGACAACGGCUACUACAACAAGGCCAUUGCCGCCUCCCCAGUCCAUGCCCUGCCCGGCUACAUCCUCGGAGGUCUUAGUUGGUUCGCCAUCCCCUGGCUCACGGCCACGACCAUGGGUCUCUCGGCCCUCGCGCUCGAGUCCAACCCGCGCUUCCCCACCUACCCGGACCGCAUGUCGGAUGCCGAUGUCAGCGCCGGCCUGGUCCUGCCCUACGCGGCCGUGGCCCUGCUCGGUAAGGGCGGCGCCGUGGCUACUCUCCUGAUCGUCUUCAUGGCCGUCACCUCGGCGACCUCCUCCGAGCUCAUCGCCGUCUCGUCCAUCUUCACCUACGACCUGUACCGCACGUACGUCAAGCCCGACGCCUCGGGCCGCCGCCUCAUCUGGAUGAGCCACUUCAUCAUCGUGGCCUACGCGCUCUUCAUCGCGUCCUUCUCCGUCGGCCUCUGGUACGCCGGCAUCAGCAUGGGCUACCUGUACCUCAUGAUGGGCGUCAUCAUCUCGGCGGCUGUGCUGCCGGCCACGCUGGCGCUGACAUGGGCUGGCCAGAACAAGUGGGCUGCAUCGCUUUCCCCCAUCUUUGGCCUUAUCGUCGCCCUGAUUGCCUGGCUCGUAACUGCAAAGAAGGAAUGCGGAAACCUCGGCAUCGAGUGCACCGGUUCCAACAACCCCAUGCUGGCUGGCAAUGUCGCCGCCCUGCUGUCGCCCAUCGUGUUUAUCCCCAUCUUCACCCUCAUCUUUGGCGUCGACAAGUACGACUGGAAAUCCAUGAUGGAUAUUCGCAAGGGCGACGACCACGAGCUGGCUGCCACUGCCGGUGUCGAUCUCGAGACGGUACCCGGCGGACACGAGGAGACCGUUGCCGAGUUCGAGGUGGAGCAGAAGAAGCUCAUGCGCGCAGGCAAGAUAAGCAAGACGGUCACCGUCGUCAUGACUCUUGCCUUCCUCGUCCUGUGGCCCAUGCCCAUGUUUGGCUCCGGCUACAUCUUCUCCAAGCCCUUCUUCACGGGCUGGGUCAGCGUCGGCAUCAUCUGGAUCUUCUGCUCGCUCUUCGCCGUCGGCCUGUUCCCCGUAUUCGAGGGGCGGAGAACGCUCGUGCGGACCGUCAAGUUUGUCUGGCUGGACAUCACGAAGGGCACCGGCCGCCACCACGCCAGGACGACGAUGAUCCAGGGCGAAGGGCGCUCUCACGUUGCUACGCCCGGUGACGUCACGCCGCAGGAGAAGGAAGUCAAGGGAGAUGUCGCUGGAACCAAGGUUUCCAGCCAGUGA